AUGUACAUUUUUCCCUAUUUUAUAAGUCUAUUAUUAUCAUUUUUGAUCUUUGUUGAUUGUUAUCAAAUUCGAGUUCAGAAACAAUGGUUCAGAUAUCCAGGUUUACACAAAUUUAAUUUAUUUCAAUAAAAACUUUUAAUGUUUUUUUUAGGAAACCCGGGUGUAAAAAUUCGACUAACAAAAAAAGGUGCAAAUCACGUGAAAAGUAUGGGAGUUCAUGUUUUCAAUGAAUAUAUUUCCAAACUUCGAGAUUAUUCAACAAGUUUGCCAUUUCCACAAAUUGGUUUAAAUGGUGUGGUGAAUUUGAAGAAAUUAAGAGUCACCAAUUAUCAUCCGCCACAUUUGUCUGUGCUCAAUUUUUUGCCACCUAGACAUAUUGUCCUCGGGCUGGAGAAUUUAGAUGUUUCGUGAGUUAUUUUUCGAAAAAAAAAUUUCUGGGAAAAAAUCAGGAGCACGGAAAAUUAGAAAAAAAUAUAUUUUUCAGACUAUCUUCAGAUUUUGUUGCAAAUGUUCCACCUUUGACAUUCGAGGGAAGUCUUGAUGGUUCAAUAAUUGGAAUGACAAUUGCAGUCACAACUGAACUUUUAACUGAUACAAAUGGCAGAAUGAAUGCAAUUGUUCGAAAUUGCUCAGCUUUAGUUGAUCGCAGUCAUGUUACUCUGAAUCCAACUGGACCAAUGGGACUUCUCGUCAAAACAUUUGAGAACAGUUUGAAUGAUUCGGUGAAAAAGAGGAUUCCUGAAAUAUUUUGUGCAAGACUACAGAAUUUAUUAGAAAAAAAUGUGGCGAAACUCUUCGAUAAUUUGAUAAAAAUCGAUCUCAAGGAAUAUUUUCCGAAAAUACAUGACAAUUUAGUGGUUCGCGAUGUUUUUAGCAGUUUUAUGUCGCAAUUUUCGCACGGCAUGUUUAUUGAUAACAAAAUGAUAUCACAACCGUUUAUCACUAUGGAUUAUAUUGAGACAAAUCAUCUAGGUAUGGUGAGUUUUUAUAAAUUAUUAUGGGAAUAAAAAAUAUAUUCUUUAGUUCAUUUUUAGGUGAAACCCGUUUUCCCUCAUCUUCCCAUUCUACACCAUUUUAUCCGCGACCAAUGGAACUUCCUGAAUCUUCUGGUGAUAGUAUGGUUCAUUUUUAUAUAUCCGAUCAUAUAUUCAAUACAAUGUUAUAUCAAGCAUAUCAAGAUAAUCGACUUUCGAUGAAAAUUGAUGAAACAAAUUUGCCAAGUGAAAUGUCGAGUUUUGUUGCGACAAGUUGUCCGACACGAAAAAAUCCAACUAUUUUAUGCGUGGGACAUUUGAUAAGUCAGAUUGGAAAAAGUUAUCCAAACUCGACUGCAAGUUUUGUGAUCCUUCCACAUGGAUUACCGUAUGUUAUGAUUAAUCCUAAUGCGGUUUCAAUAGAUCUUUCGAGUGAGUUUUAUUUUCUGGGAAAUUUUCAAAAUCAAAAUUACCUCAAAAAUUCGAACAUUUUUGUAAAGUGAUUUAUUUUCAGAUAGAAUUCUGACUUAUGUCCAACCCGAAUCUGAUCGAUUAUCUCAAAAUAAAACUCAAAUUCUUGUAUUUUCAAUAAAUGGACAAGCUGACAUCAUUUUCGACACAAACGAAAAAGAUCUUAAUGCUAAACUAAACAUGAAUCGAUUCAAUAUUCGACUUCAUCGAUCUUCAGUUCGUGGAAUUGAUGAAUCUUCCAUCGCAAGACUCUCACCACUUUCAAAAUCAUUUAUAACUCCAAGAUUGAAUGCAGCAAUUCAAAAAGCGGUCAAAUUUCCAGCACAGGAUACUAUCAAAUUCAUAAAUCCAAAAUUGAAGAACUUUGAGGGUUUUAUGGCGCUAUCUUCAGAUUUUGAAUUGAAUCGAGAAAAAAUUAUGAAUUAUGUUAUGAAAACCUUAAUUUAG